AUGUGGCUGCAGAAAUUACUGAAUUAUUGGAUAUACUGCGGUUUGUGCAUUGCGGCCAUAAGCGGCGAGCUUACACAGCCAACUCUUCCCACUGCUGACUACUAUAUUGGCGCUGUGGUUGAAUUUCCGGCGCGUACGGUAAAUGGAGCUGCAUCCACCCGAGCGCGCAUACGUCAAUUUGAACGACUGCUCGAGGAUGCCGCCAUACGUCCAGAUAUUGUGGUGUUCCCGGAGAAUGUGUUAAACGAUCGCGAAACCCCGAUAGUCGUCCCCACGCCCAGCGACACUGUGGUACCUUGUGGCGUUGAUGCAGCUCUCUACGAUUACAUCAUCAGCGAAGUAUCUUGCUAUGCGCGCUCCUUGCAAUUAUAUCUGCUAAUCAAUGUGGUGGAGGUACAGAACUGCACACAAUCACAUGAAAUCGCAAAUUUAAUUGCCAGCUGCGCCAUUUACAAUACGAAUGUAGUGUUCGAUCGUGGCGGUGCUGUGAUCUCACGUUAUCGCAAAUACAAUUUGAUAGGCAGUGAAUGGCUGUAUUUCAACUAUACGUCGCAGCCAGAGGAGGAAGCCAUAUUCCACACCGACAUGAAUGUUACAUUCGGACAUUUUACGGACAUGGAUUUGUUGUACGCGCGGCCGGCGCAGGCGCUUGUGCAACGGGGCAUUAUGGAUUUUUUGCAUCCCAGUAAUUGGCAGUCGGAGUUGCCUUUCAUAUCAGCCGUUCAACUGCAUCAGUCGUGGGCAUAUAGCAACAAUGUCAAUCUGCUGGUUGCAGGCACCAACGAUCCACGUAAUGGCCGCAGCGGCAGCGGUAUUUAUGCAGGAAAAUAUGGCGCGCUAACUGCCUCCAUGACCAGUGACGAAAAUCAGAGUAAACUGCAUCUAAGUGUAGUGCCUAAGCAAAAUGUUGCUAACAGCACAAUCAUCCAAAGCCUACGGAUCAACCAAAAUAGCCUCAAAGAGCAGCAAAAUCAAACUCAGCGCGACAGCAGCAGCGGCGUGCUCGAUCGCUUCACCGGCGUUGUGUUAGCGCGUAGCAAUGAUAUUGACUUGUAUGUGACUGUACCGAUAGCGAAUGAGGUGACCAACAAUAUGGCGUUGCAACAACAAAUUUGCCACAAUGAUUUAUGUUGCGAUUUUUAUAUUAAACGAAGCGUGAAUCCGCUAGCGAAUGCUUCCACCACCAGCUACUACUAUCGAAUGGCUGCUUUUCGUGGCAUCGGUUCGUUUCUCAACACUGAACCCAAUGCGGUGGCGGUUUGUGCGAUCCUUUCUUGUACUGGCGAUCAUAUAUACAGUUGUGGACGCAUCUAUUACGAAUCGGUGGAAGUGGUGCCGCAGUAUAGCUUUGAUGAGGUUCGCAUACGCGGCAAUUUUACGCGCGGAAGUACGAGCUUGUUGACACCGACGAGUGUAAAUCAGUUGCUCAUGCCGUUGACGGUGGACGAGUUCGAAUGGCAGGUGCAGGAGUAUAGUAGCAACAUUUCAUUGGCCAAACUCACUUUACUCCAACCGCGUUCAGAUCUCUUGACUUUUGGCAUAUACGACAAUUAU